AUGAUCGCUAACAUAUUUAAUUACACAACAAGCUACUUCAAAGUUACUUUCAAUAAUGCAGAAGAUUCUGAUGUGCAUUUUGAUGUGUGUAGUGUGAGAACCUUCUUUUUUUCAGGCACUCAUAUGAGUGCAAGCUUUGUUGAGAACCGAGAAAUCAUCAUCACAACGCCUGGAGAGCUUUAUACAUCCUACGAAAAAUUGUGGCUUCCUUUCGAUGACGCAACAUGGAAAUUUUUAAUUUCAACAUUUUUCAUUGCAUUUCAAGCAAUUUUAAUAAUUUAUCGACUCCCAAAAUUGACACAAACCCGAUUUUUUGGCGAAGACAUCAAAACUCCAUCGCUCAAUAUUGUUAGCACAUUCUUCGGAAUUCCUCAACUGAAACUACCAACAAGUCACAUUCCACGACUCAUUCUUGUAUUUUUUAUAUUUUUUUGUCUAAUUUUCCGGACGUGCUAUCAAAGUAAAUUAUUUGAAUUCUUAACGAGUGAGCCAAGACGAAGUCCACCGCAAACUAUUAAGGAAUUAAAGGAUAAAGACUUCAAAAUUUAUGGCGUAAAUGCAAUCAAUGAAUUGGAUGACAUCAACGAGGAUGUACAAAAAUAUUGGCCUCAAACCAUCACAGUUGAUCAUAUCCAGUACUCCGAAUUGUUCUUAACGCAAUCCAAAAAUGCAUCAGCAAAGAUUGCAUUAAUUGCACAGGAAUUAGGUUUGACGAUGAUAAGUGUUGGCGGACAUAACAUAAAAUGGCAUAAACUUCCAAAUUAUUCAAUUUACGUCAGUCAAUCUGGAUUUGGUUUUGCGCCAAACAACUUUUUCUAUCGAAUUAUUGACGAAACUGUCGAACGACUUGUAUCAGGUGGAAUUAUGAAUCGUAUGGUUGACAUGUGCUUGCCACUCAUGAGAAGUCAGCUUAUGCCAAAGACGGCAUUUGUUUUAAAAGUUGAAAAUUUGGAAUUUGGAUUUGUUAUUUGGAUGGGAUGUUGUGGACUUUGUGUUGCUUGCUUUUUGUCGGAAUCUAUUAUUUGGAAUGUGUGGAAGUUUAUGAGAUAUUAUAGGACACAAAAGGAACCGAUAAAGAUAAAGUUUGAAAAAAUAUAUCCCGAUGUGGUGAGUGACGAAAUUAGGUUUCAAAAUGUGAUAAAAAAUUGCAAUACAUUUCGGAUGAAGAGGCCAAAGUUGGUGGAAAAUGAAGUGUCAAUUAAGGAUUUGGAUCUUUUUAAGGAUGAAUUUAGUAUUUCUGUCGAAACAAUUGAAGAUAUGGAUGUUGGGGAUACACUAUUGAAUAACAAGAUUGAAGUUCGAAGUGAAUUGCAAUUUAAGGACAUUGAGGAAUCGCUAUGGGGAGAGGUUUCGGCAUUAUUUUUCGUUUAUUCUUGUUCCGAUUUUGCAUCGCUUCAUUCAGCAUUUCAAUUAAGAAAUUGGGCACCAAAAGUAUUAAAAUAUUUAAUUCAUAUCGAAAAUUGUGGAUUAGAAGAGCUGCAAAUCAAUCUUGUUUAUUUAAUAAAUUCAAAAAGAUUAACCUAUGCAGAAAGUUCACUUCAAGUGUUCACAAGUCUUCUUAUUCAUGAUGAUCAUUUUAUUUAUUUGACAUCACUCGAGUGGUUUACUGAGGUAGCAUGUAAUGAAGCUCAACUAGUUGUGCUGAAUUCAUUUGACAAAAGAACUAGAAAAUGGACAAAAGAAUUGAAAAACUAUGAAAAGUUUAUGAAUUUUCACGGUUGUAACUUGAGAAUGGGAAUCGUUGAUUUGGUCAAAAACAGAUGCUUUGGUGAGCCAGAAAUGUCGAACAAUACCAUGAACGCCAAAGGCAUUAAACCCGAUUUGUUCGAAACUAUUUCAAAAAAAGCUAAUUAUACUACAAGCUACGCUCUCAUCAUGAAGGGUGAAACUGCCGAUUUUGAUGUAUUUUUUGAUGUUUAUCAUCAAAUGAUUUUCUCAAAGACGGAUUUUCACAUGACAACAAGUUUUAUUGAAUCGAAAGAAAUCAUCGUUACAACUCCUGGCGAACUGUACACGUCAUAUGAAAAACUUUGGCUGCCUUUUGAUGACACGACAUGGACGCUUUUGAUAAUUACAUUUUUAAUUUCCACUUUUGUAAUUUUAAUCAUUCAUCGACUCUCAAAAUUCAUGCAAGAAAGGAUUUUUGGUGAAAAUGUCAAAACUCCGAUGUUAAAUCUAAUCAGCACAUUCUUUGGAAUCUCUCAAUAUCGACUUCCAUUCAGCCACAUUCCACGAUUUGUAUUAAUUUUAUAUGUAUUUUACUGCUUGAUUUUUCGAACCUGCUAUCAAAGUAAACUGUUUGAGUUUAUGACAAGUGAACCUCGACGAGACCCACCAAGAACGAUGAAGGAUUUAUGGGAAAAGAAUUUUGUCAUUUAUUGGGAUGAGGACAUAAGAAGUGUCAAUGACAUCACCGAUGAUGAAAAGAAAUAUUGGCCUCAAAUUGUCACAGUUAACAAUGAUCAGUACAAUGACUUUUACAGCACACAGUCACAAAAUGCAUCAACAAGGAUUGGAUUAAUUGUUCAGGAACUAGCAGUUAAGAUGUUUGAUCACUUUAAAUAUAAUAUAAAAUGGCAUAAAUUGCCAAAUUAUUCUUUAUAUGUCGGACAAUCAGGAUUCAUUUUUAGAGCAAAUAAUUUUUUCUUUCGGAUCGUCGACGAGACUAUUCAACGAUUGACAUCAGGUGGGAUUAUGAAUCAUUUGAUAAAAAAGUGUUUUCCCGCCAAAACAGGUGAAGUUGAAGUGAAGGAAGCAACGGUUUUGAAGAUUAAAGAUUUGAAUUUUGGAUUUAAUAUUUGGCUUGGAUGCUGUGCAGUUUGUGCUUCUUGUUUUGUGAUUGAACUCUUUGUUUGGAUUAUAAGUCAAAUUAUCAAAUGUUUCGAGGCAAAAAGGAAGAAGAAAAUGCUGAAAUUCGCAAAAAUAUUUCCAGAAGUCAUCAAUGUUGACAGAUUAGAACCAAAAUGUCAACAAAAACAGGAUUUAUUUCGAAUACAGAAGCUGAAUUAG